AUGGACCGGCACUUCGACAUGAUUGACGAGGCUCUGUCGGUUCUCUAUAGACGGUUUGCCCUGCUGCAGUCCCAGGCCAUGGCUAAGAUGGCCCUGGACACCCGUAUAAACAAGGGUAUCACACCGGCCCUGGCCCUCCUUGACAGCUCCCAGAUCUUCGAGUCCCUCCAAGACCAGCUCCUCGAUCUCUCCUCAAGGAUCUCCUCCGAAAGCUCCCCUAGGAAGCGGCUCAGGCGACUAAAUCGCCAGGGAGGGUGGGCCUGCUGCACAGAAGUUGCAGAGGUAGUCGAGUUCCUGAGCAGGACCAUGGCCACAGACCAGUUCCGGACCCAUCGGCUCCGGGAGACCCUGAAUGAGUUCGAGAGUAUGCUGAGGCAGCUGACGCAUCAGAACAUAUGGGAAAUUUAUAACGGCGAGGACCAGACUGGGGGCGAGGUUGUUUCUAGUUCAGAUCUUGUUACUGAGCAGGAGAUUGAGGUUCUGUGUAAGAUCUCGGAGAUGCUUAUGGGCAAUGAUGGUUUGGGUAUUUGCAUGGAUAUAUUCGUCAAGUUCAGAUACAAUAAGACAGCAAAAGCCCUGAGGAGGUUAAACUCGGAAUACCUGAAGGCCUACACUCCCAAAGAGAUCGAGAAACUCUGCAGCCAAGUCCUGGGAGGGAUCAUGGAAGUCCUGAUUUGGCCCGCAUGCUCUGUGAAGAAUGUUGACAAGUUCAUGGCAGUCCUCUCCCAGUUCGUGAAGGGAGUCAGGAGGCGCAAGAAGGGACCAAAGAAGCUGUUCAAGCUACUGGACAUGUUUGAUUCCCUGGAGAAUCUUAAGCUGGAGUUCUUGUCCAUCUUUGAUGGUGAAGCUGGGGGCCUGGGAUAG